AUGGGUAGGAAUAAAAAAAACGACAAGAAAAGAAAGGUAAAAUUCGACUAGCUCUCGAUAAAACGCUUAGGUUUUGGCAGAACGAGCAGCGAAAGUCGUCAGAAACAUCGAAAAGAAACGGUCCAAACACUCGGUCUUCGAAAGAAAUGGGCGUUCCGGCGAUCGUUGAACAGUGAUAAAAUUUAAGCACAACGUAGUCUAACACGUCGCUUUUUCAGAAUCGAGGAGAGGUGUGUCACGCCGACUGCCGUGUCUAGUGUCAGCAGCGAGGAUCAGGCGAACAUCGAAAAGGUGUUUUCUACUCUCCACGUGACUCCGGAAAAGAUCGACCAGCCAGCUGUUGUUGAUGAACAGACGGAGGAAACUGGGAACGAAGAGAAAGAGAUUGUUGACCGCGAGGUCGGAAAAGAGGCACUGGAAGAUCGGAAAGUAGAAGCAGGCACCGAAAAAGAGAAAAUAAGUAACGGAAAUGAGGACGAAGCGGUCAAAGAAACAGAGGAGGAAAAUGUCGAUGGGGCGGUCGUCACCGAGCAGAUCGUGCGAAGCCGCAAGGUGUCGGAGCAAUCGGAAGACGAAAGCGUGCCGUCCGUUCAAGAGAGUAUUGAGGAUUUAGCUCCAAAAUAUUCGAGUUAUUGGGAAAAGAAAGUAAGCUGAGCAAUUAUUUCGUCUAUAUCCGCAAAUUUCAGGACGAAGAAGUCAGUUAUACUCGCACCAUCUUCCACGUUGUCUACGGACGCAAAUUCGCCGCUUUUUUGAGUUUAAUCGACCCGGAAGUCAGAUUCACAGUAGAGGCAGGCCCGUGCAAGACGUUUGACGCUGAAGGAGUCAAGAAACUGACAGAUAAAAUGAUUGAGGAGGGAUUCGAGAAUGCGUGGCCGUUCGAAAAAUCAUUGACAGCGUCCACGGAAGAAUUGCGUUCUCUUUUCAUGGAGAUCACCGAAAAAAUCAAGUUCUGUCUCUGGUUGGCAUGCGCAGAGCGUGGAUAUGUGUUUAGAUUCACUAGGCGCGGUGAUCAGCCGAUUUGGAGCGCUUGGGGCAAAGUAAACAGAUCUAAGUGUGGCAAUUCGGUUCAAUCACUUUUCAGGGAAUUGAUCCACUCGACGAGCUGAAAACCCUCAAAGCGAUUGUGGCCGAGAUGAAGACUGCGAUAGAGAAGAUUGGAAUGGCAACGGAAGAGAGCCGUUUUUGGGAUGAGUCGAGCGCCAUAUUCGAGAAAGUUCUACCGGCUCUGGAGAAAUUCGAUUCGAAAAUCCUAUCUGAUCACGGAAUCACAGAUCAUCUUUCUUCUAUAUCCGGCCGCAUUGAGUAUGGCUUUGGGGUCUCGGAGCAAGAGAUUGACGAGAUGUUAGAGACGAGUCUCGUCGAAGAAGGAUUCGGAGACUUCACGCAAACGGUUCUUCGUUGUACGUCUGUCUUUAAAACUAUCAAGCAACUGAAAAUGUGGGUAUUUUCUGCGAAUGAUCAUUUUGAUUCUCAUUUUUCAGGAUUCUCAAGCAAUUGCCCCGAAUGACCACAUUCACUGACAUCCGUGUGAAACACUCUGGAAUUCAGGCGAUCACACAUAUUCUUUCCGUACUGAGUCUUGACGAGGUGGAAAAUCUGAUUGAGGAGCUGAAGGACGAUCCGAAGCUUUCGGUCGAGAAGCUGUUCGGCUUUGAGCCUCACAAGUUCGAAGUUAUUUCGCAAAAUGAAGCGAGACGAACCCACUAUCUGAAGAUAUUCUACACGGCCGUGGGGGAGCACAAACCGAGAGCCGAUGUAAGAUCAAGAUCCAAUCAAUUUUCAGACGGAAUAGACUUACUUUCAGUUUGUGUUCGGUUAUGAAAAGCUCAUCGCAGCCCUCAUCUGCUUCUAUCUGAUCCUUCCGGCUUACGAAAUCAAUGUGAUCCUCUUCAAAAUACUUUCCACGAGAUCUAGAGAAAAUGAGUAUCAUCUUGAUUCCGACCGAAGAUUCAUCAUCGAUGUAAGUUUAAUUCAAGACUGUGAAAUUUGCGAAUUUGUUUCAGUGCAUGCACUCGCUACCGCUUGUCCUCAGAAGUCGACUGGAAAUUGGAAAAGAGUUUGAAAAAGGAGAAAUCACAGACGACGACAACGAGAGCAUGUACUUCCUGGUGAAAAAUUAUCUCCGAUCGAGAGACAUCAAUGAGAGUGAAUUCCCCGAGAGAUUAAACCGUUUUAUAUCUUGUUCGUUUAACAGUUUGAAAUUUUGCAUGUCUGGUUUUUCUCAGUUACGGGCCACGAUAUGCGGACGAUUGUCAAUACUGAACGAGUCUUCCGAAUGUGUCUUACGAUGGUCGAGCGUGGAGAGAAUCAGAAAAACGCGGGUUUAGCUUUGAAGCUUUUGAGACGGCCUCACUUCCACAAGUGCGGUAUCUCGAGGGAAUUCAUACAGGAUCUUCUCGUUUUGGCGCUAACUAAGUACAGUCUUCCGGAUACUAAAGUGCAACAAGCGAAAUACGAUUUCAUUGGUAUGCCCCAAAAAGUGUUACGAAAGUCGUAAAAAUAGAUUUCAGACAAUGCGUUUGGGAUUGUGAAGAGUUUUGUGGCAGACCAAUCCUUGAAAAUUGACGAAGCGGUCGUUGCGGAGAGAUGGACGGUUUGUUCGUUUCGAAAGUGCUAAUCAAUUGCAACUUUCAGAAUUUGGGUCAUCACUGGUUCUCCACGAUCUAUUUGCUGAGUAUGCUCUCACCAAUCGCGUUCGAUAGUCUGAAGAUAACGUUGCCUUGGGUGUCGGCGAAUGUGUGGGACGAGGACGAAAAAGAAAAGCCAGCAGACCCGAAAAAAUACGCAAUGCUGGCCAAGGUGUCUCUUGCCUGGCCGGCGAGCACGGAUAUUGAGGUUGUGUCGAAAGCCGUCGGAAGUAACAGUUUAUUCAAUUUUUUUCUGGAAACGUUUGUACUUUCAGAAUAUGUUCCGAGCGAGAUCAGUCGUGUCGAGUUGUACAAACGUAUGGAGGAGUACGUUGCUCAAUUCGAAAUCGAUAAAUACUGGAAAAGCGUCAGAAUUCAAAGAAAUUCUCUCUCAUUAUCUAAUCUUUCUUUUCAGAAGCUUAUCGACUUGUACAAAACGAAAGUCAAGUUCUUGAGUCCUCUAAUCGACAAGAAAAGCAAACAAGAUGGAAAAGAGAAAAAGGAGGAUACUCUUGCGAAGGAAAAAGAAGAAGAGGAAGAGGAAACCGUAAAGCUAGAUGAGAAAGAGAAAGAAGUCGUAGACCAUACAGAAGAAACUGCAAAAGUGGAAGAGAGCGAGACUCUGCACGACGGGGAAUCGGAGUUAGAAAAUACUGCUGAUGAAGCGGAUGUCGCUUCGGAAGCGAACGUUGAGCAGGCGGAGCAGGAGCCGAAAGCCGCGGAAGAAAGCUUGAAAACUUCGGAUACUCAGAAGAUAGAGAUCAAUGAAAUUUCUCGACAAUUCGAGAAGUCUGAGGAACAGGAACAUAUGGAGCGCUUUUGCGGUUUUUACCCAGAUGAAAUCUGGCAAACACUGCCUGAGCCUGUCAAAAUGGAAAUCAAAAGACAGCGCCAGAUGCGGAACAUCUCCAUCCAGGUAAUCCGGCGACUUCAUCAAGGCUGUUGAGUAAACUGGUUUCAGAAGUGA